CGUCUGCAAAAUAUCCAACAUGUAUUACAUAAUAUUUACUGUAUUGGUUUUCGCCAAAAUCUCCGCAGCAAUCCCAGUUCAAAAUUUAAAUGCCGAAGCUGAAGCUAAAGGUAACAAAAUUUUGGAAUGCUUCAGGGAUAUUUUACUUAAUGGUGAUGAAGAAUUAUCAUUACCGCCUUUGGACCCAAGUCCUCCAAUGGAUACAGUUAUAGAUGUACCAGGCGCAAAUGGAUCGAUUUUAUUGAAAAACUUUCAAACCGAGGGAAUUUCUGCGUGGAAAACCACUUUAAAAGUCGAUUUGAUGAAUAAUCCCGAAGUAGCAAUUGUUAAGGUCGGCUUUCUUUGGCCCGCAGGUGUAAUGGAAGCUGAUUACGACAUUGAUAUUAAUUACAUGAACAACGUAAUCACAGGAAAAGGUCACCUAAAACGCACUGAUUUUAAUCAAGUUAUUGAUAUGGAACUGGAAGUGGCUUUUGAUACAGUCAAAUUGAAGAAGUUUUACAUUAGAUUCAGCUUAGAAAAGAUCCAGAUUGAUGUUGAUGAGAUUCUUCUGAAUGGAGUUGAUGUUAGUUCAAUUAUUUCAUCUGUUGCACAGAAAAUUCCCGAUAUUUUAAAAAUGUAUGAAAAAGAACUGAGCAGUUAUUUUAGCGAGAAGAUUUUAGAAUCUUUUAACAGCAUUGAUCAGAAGAACAUAAAUUCAAUUCUUGACUUUGUUAAAAGAAGAUGCAACGUCUGAAUGUUUUAUUUGAGAACGAAAAUCCUCUAACAAGUAUAUAUUAAUAAUA